CUCACAGAGAGAAGAGGACGACCCAGCCAUGGCUUCUUCCUCCAUUUUUGCUCUCUUCAUUUUCUUCAUUUUCCUUCUUCACCGCCCCUUUUCCUCCAAUGCAAAUCUCCACCAAACAAGACUCUUCGUAUCAGAACAUGUCUCACAGGCAGCACCCACGGAAGUUCCAAUCACUCGUUACUUUGAAGUAUCCCGGCCCAUCCAAGUACCCAGGACAAAACCCUGCUCUGUUCUUGUCCUUCAACAUGAUUUCGGCAACACAUACGGCCAACCACCUGUUCUUGCUCAGUACAAUCCCCCGUUGAACUGCCCAUCUCAGGAUUUCUCCAAAAUCGUCCUCGAAUGGAAUGCAACCUGUAAAGGAAGACAAUUUGAUCGCAUCUUUGGUAUGUGGUUGGGUGGAGUUGAGCUUCUCCGGAGUUGCACAGCAGAACCUAGAGGCACUGGAAUCGUUUGGUCGGUUAAGAAAGAUAUCACGAGGUACUCAUCAUUGCUUAAGAACCCCCAAACACUAGCUGUUCAUCUGGCUAAUAUUGUUGAUCAAACGUACACUGGAGUUUACCAUGUUAACAUAACAUUCCACUUUUGGCCUGCGGAGGAACGUCCCCGCUUCCAGAAGCCGAAUUGGGCGAGUUCGGUCUAUGGGUUUGGCUUCCCAGCAGAUUUGAUAUUGCCCAUCUCGCGAAAUCUGCCUUUGAAUGAUGGGUUGUGGUUUCUGGUUCAGAACUCGACGGAUGUCCAGUUGAAGGAGUUUAAGAUUCCUCAAAAUGCCUAUAGAGCUAUUCUGGAAGUUUAUGUUUCUUACCAUUCUGAUGACGAGUUCUGGUACUCCAAUCCUCCUAAUGACUACAUAACUGCAAAUAAUCUUACCCAGGUUCCAGGAAAUGGACCUUUUCGGGAGGUUGUAGUCAGUAUUGAUGGUACUGUAGUUGGGGCUGUCUGGCCUUCUACUGUGAUAUACACCGGAGGGAUCAAUCCUCUGCUAUGGAGACCUAUCUCUGGAAUUGGUUCUUUUGAUCUCCCUUCAUAUGAUAUUGAUAUUACUCCAUUCCUAGGAAAAGUUUUGGAUGGAAAGCAGCAUCAGUUGGGGUUUAGUGUAACAAAUGCUCUUAGUGUGUGGUACAUAGAUGCAAAUUUGCACGUAUGGUUGGAUAAACAAAGUGCUAGAACUAAAGGAAAGUUGAUUAAAUAUGAUGUCCAACCUCCAGUGAUGACCUUAGUUUCGGACUUCAAUGGUUCAAAUGGAGAUUUUCUUAUUACAGCAAGUAGGUCUUUUCUUUUGGCUGGAUGGGUGAAGUCUUCUCAUGGAAACAUCACAACCCAAUCACAUCAAUACUUUGCUUACAGGAACACAAUGAAGUUUGGGAACAAUGGGAAUGAGCAGAUUGUGAAUCAAACAACAGAUGUCAAUGCCAGUGUUUAUUCUAGGCUCCCUUCUCGUUUAUAUUUUAUGGAUUUAUCUAGAAGGUUUCCCCUUUAUUUGUACACUAACUUUGUGGAUCAAGGAAAUGGAACCUCGACUUCAGUUUCAAACCUGUCCUUAGGAUUCAACCAGCAGUUGUUUUCACAUGGCCCAUUUGGUUUCUCAAGGGGCAAUCUCAUAAAUCUGCAGGCUGCACAGGGUUCUAUGAUUGUAAAGGGGAAUUUGGUAACUAGUGGUCUGGGAAGUACUCAGCAAGUAUAUACAUAUGAUGGUAAAGAUGGAUGCUACUUUAGGAAAGUGAGCAGUAGAAACUAUACCAUCCUCUAUGAUCAAAUAGAAAGGAGUUGCAAAAGAAAGCUACACCCAAGCUUGUUUCUUGGAGUCAACAAGAGGCCAUUUCCCACUCGGAGGAAUUUACUUGCAUCAGAUUUACAUGAUCAAGAGAAGCAAGUUUAGAUCUACCAACCUGGUUGAUUAUUGGUUGCUCCAUUUGAAAUGCUCUACUGAAGCUUUGCCAAUCAAAAUAAA